AUGACCGUGGCUGGUUCAAAAAAGAUGGAUGGUGCUUCUGCACCCUACGCACCGACGGCAAACCUAGAUACUGUGGUUUUCUCCAAAGUCCUAGACCGCGAUCCAGCGACCAUGGAAAAGAUCAUCUCUGCCUGCGAGAAUGUUGGAUUCUUUUACUUGGACAUCUCCGACCAGUAUUCUGCAACAAUGCUGGAGAACCUUGACAAGUUGAACAUUGUUAUGAAAGACUGGUUCGACCAGCCAACCGCCGCGAAGCGCAAAGAACUGGCUAUUAGCAUGGCAUCUCAUGGGCUGGAACGCACGGAGGCCGAGAUGGUUGGGAAGUUCUCAAGCUUCGAAUUGGCCGGACGAUGGGGUCUACCGCCAGUGGUAGAAGACAAUCUCCAGGCAUUCACCUCUUUCCAAAGCCAGUGUCACUACAUUACUCGAGUGCUUCUUGAUCGUAUUUCAAACGCUCUGGGGCUGAAGGGAGCGCAGAGCCUCAAUCACUUCCACCGGAGCGACUGCCCGUCUAAGAGUGCGCUUGCCUUCCUGCAUUACAUCCCCAUGGAUCCAACCGGGGGUUAUGCCGGACAUAAUGUUCACACGGACUAUGGUACCCUGACGCUUGUCUUUGCGCCGCAGUGGGGGUUGCAAGUCCUUUCAACUCCCGAAACAUCGCCACCGUCGUCAGCCUCCUCCUCGGUGUCUCACGAAUCAGAUGAAAGUCUCGAUAGUGGCUACCACAGGGGACUCAGUGAGAGCCACGUCGAAGCUCACCCGAAGAAAGAAAAGGCGGAAGAACCCUUGGAGUGGCAGUAUGUCGAGCCGCGUCCUGGCUGCGCCGUUGUCAAUGUGGCUGAUGUGCUACGGUUCUUGACACGCGAUAGGCUCAAGUCAGCUGUUCAUCGGGUGCUUCCGCUACCUGACGUGGAUCGCUAUUCUGUCACAUAUUUUCUGAGACCAAGUGACGACGUUGAGUUCAUUGAUGGAGAAGGCCGGCUGACAAACGUCAUGGACUGGUAUGACCGCAAGAAUAAUAUGUACGAAGCUUCUUAUGGGGCUCAGGACAGGUCUUUGCUCAUCGGAGGGUUGUACAAGGAGGUCUAA